GCGGCAUCCUGAUGCAUCUGUCCAGCCGCCAUGCGGUGCUCGUGGAAGUCCAUGGUGCUGCUGGCUCUGGCGUCCAUCGCCAUCCAGUACACCGCCAUCCGGACCUUCUCCUCUAACCCUCUGAACCUGCUGUGCUCCGUCGGCCUGGCCCCCACCGACCACGCCAUCAACUGCAGCCUCGGACAGCUGACGCAGGUGGGCCGGAAGGCUCUGGGGGGCUGCGAUGAAGCCCCGUCCCCUACGUCUGCUUCUCCGUCCUUCUCCCUCCCCGCCUACAACAGCAGCAGGAGAACCCACAUCCUCAUCCUGGCCACCACCCGGAGCGGAUCCUCCUUCGUGGGUCAGCUCUUCAACCAGCACCCGGAGGUCUUCUACCUGUUCGAGCCCCUCUACCACGUCCAGCUGGCGCUGCUCCCCCGCCUGGGUCAGAGCCGGAACCCGGCUGAGAGGAGGGUGAUGAUGGGAGCCGCCAGAGACCUGCUGAGGUCUCUGUUCCACUGUCACCUGGGCGGCCUGGAGGGUUACAUCCAGCCCCGCCCGGCCCGGCACGCCACCGACAAGCUCUUCAGACGGGGCGCCAGUCGCUCUCUCUGCUCGCCCCCGGUGUGCGAGGCCUCGCUGGACGCCAAGGAGCAGAGUCUGGUGCUGGCCGACGAGGGCGAGUGUGUGAGGAGGUGUGGGCCGCUCAACGUGUCCGUGGCUGCGGAGGCCUGUGGAGCCAAACGCCACGCUGCCAUCAAGACGGUUCGAAUCCCACAGAUCAGCGACCUCCGAGCCCUGCUGGAAGACCCCAAACUCAACCUGAAGGUGGUCCAGCUGGUCCGGGACCCUCGUGGCAUCCUGGCGUCUCGUAUCGAAACCUUCCGGGACACGUACCGGCUGUGGCGUCUCUGGAGAGCGACCGGACGGCGGCCGCACAACCUGGACCUGGGUCAGAUCAACACCGUGUGCGAGGACUUCCUGCACUCUGUGUCCACCAGCUUGGCCAAGCCGCCCUGGCUGAAAGGGAGGUACAUGCUGCUGAGGUAUGAAGACCUGGCCCGGUUCCCUCUCCAGAAGGCCCGGGAGCUCUACAGCUUCCUGGGUCUGGUUCUGCACCCCGGCGUGGAGGACUGGAUCACCAACAACACGCGGGGCAGCAGCGACCUGUCGUCCCGCCAGAAGUUCACCACGGUGCGAGACUCCGCCGCCAACGCCGAGAACUGGAGGGUGAAGCUGUCCUUCGACAUGGUGGCGUACACGCAGACCGCCUGCCAGCCGCUGCUGGGCCUCCUGGGCUACAAGGCCGUCUUUCACCCCAGAGAACUGAGGAACCUCUCGCACUCCCUGGUGGAGGACAGGACGUUCCCGCCCGUGGUUUAAAGG